ACAGAAUAUUUUGUUGCUUUAAAGGUAUAAAUUAAUAAUGUCCUGUUUCUUUUCAAUCAGAUGGAUGGUUUUUGGAAAAAAUUGUUAUAAAAGAAGUCUGCUACCCUUUUUCUGCACAUGUUUUUUUUCACAAUGGCUGGAUCAAUAAACGCUCCAAUGAAGAUUUUAUAGAAGUUGCAAUUCCUCUCAAAGAAACAUCUGUUACAUGUCUUCCCACCGAAAAUUUAGAAACGAAAAGUAGAGGACGAUGGCAAACAUGGGUGCACUGCAUGCAAGUACCAGAAGAUGUUCCUAACAUUCAAGUUGUUGCAUUUGGAAGAAAAGGGAAAUCCCCAGCACAGAAAGUUCAAAAUCUAAGUGAUACUCCCUUUUUGUUGACCUUUGGUGAUAUUGGAGACAUAACAAAAGUCUCCUUUGUGUUAUGUGGUCCAUCCUUGAGAAGAGGAAUUGAGCUUCACAAGCUUCGGCUAAAAGACCUGGACACUAAACAAGAGCUGGGCUUUCACACUGAAGCCCCAUGUCUGUUUGGAGAAGAUGGAUCUGAGAUGGUGACAGAGCUUGCUGCUGUCAGGCCAGACCAGCCACCACUCAGGGAAGUUCUUUACUUGAUCAACAUCCAUACAGGAACACUGCCUGCAUCAGGAACUGAUGCAGAUGUAUUUAUCACAGUAUUUGGAGAGUGGGGAGAUUCCUGCAAAAGGAGACUAGGGCACUCACAUUUUGAAAGAGGGAAGGUUUGUAUGUCUGAAAUGAGAGCAGUUGACCUUGGACAGUUGAGCAAAGUGCUUGUGGAGCACCAUAAUGUGGGUUAUGGAGCUGGAUGGUACCUGGACCAAAUUGUCAUCCAGGAAUCAGGCAAGACUGAUGAACAAUAUGUAUUUCUUUGCCAGCAAUGGUUAGACAGUGGAGUUGGUGAUGCACAGACGGAACGAACAUUGAAACUUCUUGGAAAAGUCAGGAAUGGAAUGUUGACAGGAAAGAUUUAUGGGAUUUGGGAUGUCCACGUCACAACUAGUGAUAUUUCUUCUAGUUCCAUGAACCCUAAAAUGUCUCUAACUGUAUGUGGUGAAAAAGGAACUUGUACUUCAGUCAUAUUCCCCAAAGGAUCCCUUAAAAAAGAGCAGAUUUAUGAGACUUCUAUUGAACUAAGUAAGAAAUUUAAUACUAUAUUCAAAGUUCGCCUAGAAAUUGAAGAAGCUGGAGAAGGAGAGACUUGGCAUUGCCAUAAGGUAAAGCUUCAACACAGAGAAACUAAAAAUGUUCUAGAAUUCCCAUUUUGUCAUAACUUUGCUGAUGAAGAAGGAGGAAGAGUGACUGAACUUCCAGUCCUCACAGCUGGGUCCCCUUUUCCAGCAGUGAAAGUCUAUGUUCUCCGCAUCACCACAGGAGCUACCCCUGGGUCAGGCACAGAUUCAGAUGUGUAUGUCAUACUGCAAGGCUCCUUGGGAGAUACUGGGAGAAGAAAGUUAACUAGGAAAGGAGAUGAAAAUUUUACUAAAGGAAAGGUGGAUAUUUUUCAAGUGGAGGCAGUAGAUAUUGGUAUUCUGCAAAGGAUGGUUGUUGAAAAAGGGAGAGGCUCUGACUGGCUUCUGGAGAAGAUUAUUGUGAAAGAGUCAGCAUCUUCAGGGACAGAAACAUUGUUUAUGGCUCAAACAUGGCUUAAAGACAGACGUGAUGGAAAAAGAUCUGCCUCAGUAACGCUGGAUGCCACAGAAGUUCAGGAGAGGAGGAGUACAUCUGCCUGGCCUUUAGGAAGACAGCAAAUGAAUUCAGAAGGCAAAUGGAGGAUUUAUUUCAAAAAGCAUCAGGAAGAAACAAAAUCAGAAUUUGAAAAGUUGUCAGAAAAUAUAUCCAAGAUGGUUAUGGUUUUUUAUGGAAGCAACGGCAAGUCAAAUCCAGUUUCCAUGGAAAACAAAGUGGAGCAUCAAACUGAGAACCAAAUAACAUAUGAUAUACAUUUGCCAUCCGAUUUGGGAAUGCUUUAUAAAGUGAGACUUGGUCUCCAGAGUUUGGAAAACAAUGUAUCGCGGCUGUCUCUUUGUCACUUGAAAAUACAGAACACAUCAACCCUGGAUACCUUUAGUCUCACCAUAAAUAAAACACUUCCUCUUUCUCCUAAUGGAGACAGGUGGAUUGAAUUCCCUAUACAGUGGCCAUUAAAAGAAGCACUUUCUGUGGUUACAUAUCAUCUAACAGUAUUUUCAAGAAAUAUUUUGAAUGAGAGAAAUUUAGUGAAUAUGACUGUGUGUAUAUAUGGUACUCGUGGUGACACAGGGGACAGAUCCCUUCUCCAGUCAUUGCAGAAUGUACAGCAGGGAGAGAAAAACGAGUCAUUUCUCAUUAUCAUGGAGGCUGUUGACUUGGGAGAACUGGAAAAAAUUGUUCUUUUGAUCAGCAGUAAAACAGACUGCAAACUGGGCAUUAAAAAAUUGCAUGUGCAAGAAGCCGCAAAGGACCAUCCCAUCUAUGUAUUUGAAGUGAAUGAAGAAUUUUCUGUGAAUGCAAAUAAGCCCAAAAUACAGAGAGAAAUCCUGGGAUCUUUUGUUUUCAGAGGAGAGAAACAAAAAAAUGGCAUAGAUAACAACCUGAAUAAAGAAGAAAGUCAAGUAAAAAAAUUGACAGAGUAUACUAUUAAAGUGUACACAGGUGACAAAAGGGGAGCAGGGACUGAUGCCAAUGUGCAUAUUAUUUUAUGUGGGAGUGAGGAAAAAUCUGAGGUAUUUCAACUCUCUCAGUCACUGGAGCAUCAAAACCCCUUUGAAAGAGGAAAGGUUGACACAUUCAAGAUUAAGACGAAAAAAUUAGGCAGCCUACGUUCAAUUGAGAUUGGCCACGAUGGGAAAGGAUUUGCAAGUGGCUGGUUUCUAGAAAAAGUGGAAAUCACAGAUGCAGCUAGGAAUUCAAUGCAUUGCUUCAACUGUAACAGGUGGCUUGCUGAAGAUGAAAGUGAUGGCCUCACCACAGUGCAGCUUUAUCCACAGCUGCUUGAUUUCUGAUUCUUUCCAAGUGUGAUGCUUCUCCAAAUUCAUGCUGAUUUGAUUUACUUGUCUUUUGCAAUUCUAAAGGCAUUGUAAUUAUUGUGAAGAAAAGUCAAAACAAUGUAUUAAAAACAUCAUGGUAAAUUAAAUAUGUCUAAUGUGAACACAGAAUUCUGAUCCUAUUAUAGACACUCAAAAACUUUGCAUGACAGAAAUGUAGAUAUCAGAAACUUAAAUCUGUAACAGGACUCUGUGGACUUGAACUGAGAAAUCAUAAUGGAAGACAUAUGUAGUAACAUAUUCAAAUAUUUUUGUUUCAGUAGUGAU